AUGCAUCAACCGCAGCAGCAGCAGCAGCGCCAGCAGCAGCAGCACCAGCAGCAGCAGCAGCAGAAAAACAACAGAAACAGCAGCAGCUUGGCCCUCCAACAGCAGCAGAUCAGCAGCAGCAUCAGCAGCAGCUUAGCAGCACAGCAGCAGCACCGGCGGCAAAUAGGCAGCAGCAGCCGCAAGACACAAGCAGCAGCAACAGCAGCACGACAUAAGCAGCAGCAGCAGCAGCAGCAGCAGGAGCAGCAGCAGGAGACAUGUUACAUGAUGGAGUCGGUGUCACCGCCACACCCCGAACAGCAGCAACAGCAACAAAAGCAGCAGCAGCAGCAGCAACAGCAGCAACAGCAACAAAAGCAGCAGCAGCAGCAGCAACAGCAACAACAACAGCAGCAGCAGCAGCAGGAGGAUCAGCAGCAGCAGCAGCAGCAGCAGCAGCAGCAGCAGCAGCAGCAGCAGCAACGGCAACAGCAGCAGCAGCAGCAGCAACAGCAACAACAACAGCAGCAGCAGCAGCAGCAGCAGGAGGAUGUACUAGCGGUGCUGCCUCAACAGGCAUAG